UCCUAAAGUCCUAUAAAAGCUGCCCAUGCAGUAACUUACCAUCAGACAGUCAGCCAGGCAAACGGACCAGAGAAGAAAGCACGGUUGCUAUCAUCAGCAUCUUGGACCAUAGAAAAAAUGUUUGCCAAAUUUGUCUUGAUCUCUCUCUGCCUCGCCGUCUCCCUCACCUUGGGGACCGCGGCUUCCUUUCAAUCAGACCCAGAAGAGGCAUCCACCCGCCGGGCCCGCUUCUCUGCCAACAGCCCCUCGGACGUGGCCAGGUGUUUGACCGGGGCUCUAACGGUGGGCUGCGGAACUUUCGCUUGUCUGGAGAACUCCACCUGUGAUACUGAUGGAAUGCACGAAAUCUGCGAACUUUUCCUCCAAACAGCCUCAACCUUCGACACGCAGGGGAAGAUUUUCGUGAAGGAGAGCCUUCGUUGUAUCGCAAACGGUGUCACAUCUAAAGUGUUCCAGACCAUUCGCCGCUGUUCAGAGUUCCAGAAGAUGAUUGCUGAGGUGCAGGAGGAGUGUUACUCCAAGCUGGACAUCUGUAGUGUGGCUCAAGGCAACCCUGACACCAUUGGAGAGGUGGUGCAGGUACCUGCACACUUCCCCAAUAAAUAUUACAGCACUCUGCUCAGGUCUCUCCUCACCUGUGACGAGCAGACGGUGUCUGUGGUCAGAGCAGGCCUGGUGUCCAGGCUCGGACCAGACACCAAAACCCUGUACCUGCUCCUGCAGAACAAGCCCUGCCCCUCCGGGUCCGGCUCCGCCCCCGGCUCCGCCCCCGGCCAGGGAGCUGGGGGCUGGCGCUACCCGAUGGCGUCGCCCAUUUUCACUAUUCAGUCCAGCCAAAACGGACGGGACCCCAACCACCUGUUUGCUAAGAGAUCUCUGAAGGAGAGUGAGACAGAGUAGGGGGAGAAGGUCAAACGUACAUACACACACACACAUACACACACACACACACAUAGACACGUUAAUAGUUACACAUUUUCCAUGCACUAUGCCCAAUGCUUUUCCAUGCACACUGAUACAGACUCACACAUGCAAACAGCUUUCUUCUCAAAGGCUAUUAUCCAUAUGAUUAACUGCAAGUUCGGAGUGUUUAGACGCUGAUAUGUGAUGAUUUGAUUCUGUCUACGAAUACUACUGAAUAAUUUGGCAUGGAGAAUGUGAUGUAAAUAUUUGAUCACAACUCAAUAACAUGGUGUAAGUUCUACAACAAAAAAGACAACAUUUAAAGUAAGGACUUGAAAUGUAAAACUGAGCACAAGUAUUGGUAAUACUGAAUCUAUUUAAAAAAAAGAUGGGGGAUCUAAUUAUUAUUAGCAUCAUCAAUAUUUAUUUUCUUAAGUUAAUUUAUGACCCUGUUCUUGUAUUUAAUCUAGUAGCGUGAUCAUGCAUGUUGCUGACCGCUGUGUUGUGAUUGGUCUGUUCUGGCUGGCCGCUGUGUUGUGAUUGGUCUGACUGAAUAUGAUGUGUUGACGUCGAGCCCUUAGAGACGUACAGGGCAGCUCCCACGCUGGUCGCGGGGGCUGACUGUGUCCUUGAGGGGUUGGUUGUCUCUGUUUUCAUGUCCCAGUGGUCUCGCAGUCCUCAUGGGGGGGGGGGGGGGGGGGGGGGUGAGAUGGUGAACUGUUGAAGUGUGUUUGGUUGAGAUGGCAUUUAGUAUGUGACACAGUGUGUGUAGAAGAUCAUGAAUUAUUUGUGCCUUUUUUUUGACAAGUGUGGUAGCAGUCAGGUACUCUACCACACUGAGUCGGAUUGGCUUUUGUCCUAAAUAAAUUA